AUGACUUCCUACAUGAAAAAGCACUGCAAGUCUAUCAGUCGACGCAUUUCUGAAGUGCCAAAUUUGAAAACACUUCCAGAGAGGAAGUCAUCCUUGAAACCAUGCCCCCUCAAACAACCAAACCGAGAAAAAACAACCCCAGACGAUCAGACGCCCCAAGACUUGCAGCUUUCCCAAAGUGCGACUUCCGAGAAGAUUCAGAAGACAUUCAAGAAUACAAUCACUUCUAAGAACAACACUACCAACACAACAUCUCCUCCACUCCAAAAAUCCAAAGAACCAAGCUCAACCUCUUCCGAAUCUCCCAUCAUCAAUACAACCAUCUCACCCAUCCCUUCCACAACCAUUUCCUCCACCAUUCCCCCCAACACCACCAAAUCCAACAAAAACGGUCCCGAUGAAAAAUAUCAAAUCAACUCUCACCUACUCUUCGAAUCCUCUUUCCCCGGCCACACAUACAUAUCCGUGCAUCUUCAACGCCUCCAACACGGUAUCUAUUCCGAUGCCAAUCUCCACACCAAACAUACCUUACACGUAACAUUCAUCGCUCUCAGUUUCAUAUUCCAUCCCUCUACCCCUGCGCACCGUUUUGAGAGCGCAGUAAUCGAUAUCAAAGUCCGUGAUCGAAAAGAGAAUUUAAAGAUUCUAAAAUAUGCGCCGCAUCAAGCAUAUGGAAAAAUAAGCACAGAGAGUUUGAAGUGGAAUUUUCAACUAGGGGCUUCGUUGGGAGUGACGCAGGGACCGGCAAAUGCAUGUGUGAAGCCAAGUAUUGGAGAGGAGAAAAGUAAAGUUGUGGGGACGAUGAUGAAGAUACAAGGUUCCACACGCAGCACUUUUCACCAUUCGACCCGUUUUCCGGAUACUCUCCUUCAUUAUUCGCUUGAGGAAAAUGCGCAGCAGGAAUCGGGACUUCCGCGGGAAUUUACAUUUGUGUUUUUGCUUGAGAGACCGAGUGAGAAACAAUAUCCGCCUGUUCAUACAUUUCAUUCUUCUAAAUUUCAAACACUUGAGCAUCGUAUCUCUGAGAAAUUGAGGAGUAUGAGUAGGAGAGGAAAGAAAGAUAGGGAUGAAGAAGAGAGGUUUAUGGAAUAUAGAUAUGAAGAUAUAGCUGGGGAGAAAAGAACACCGAGAUUGAAAGUUGAGAGGUUAGAUAGGGAUUUCGAGGACAUUUUCGGAGGAGUAGAAUUUGAAAUUGGGAUUGAACCUAAAAUCUCCAAUACCCUCACUCUGUCCUCUCUCUCUCCCCCGCUUCCUGCAAUUUCCCACACAGGUGGCUCUAUCCAUAACAGCGCAGCACACACCGAAACCACAAGAGUCCUUGGUGAAGUAGGCCAGAAAUUCCCAACCGAGGGAACGCUCGAUAGUAUGGGGAAAGUUGAACAUGAAGAGGCGAUUGUGCAUGGAUUGUAUAAUUUUGCGAAAUUGGGGGGAGCAUUUGAGGAACAGGUUAGUUUGCCCGGGGAGAGCGUGGGGAGUAGGGUGCCGGAGUUGGAUGGUGGGAUGUAG